UUUUCUCCCCCCCCGCUGCACCUUGAUGAGGCUUCUGGCCAUGGUAGUUCGUUACAAUGGCAGACAUCAACGAGGUGCUGGGAAAAUGGUACGAAGAAUUCCAGCGGAUUCCGGCAGAAGUCCAUCUUCUUUGUCCACGUAUUAGCGCCGACGACGACGAGAACUACAAGGUCCUCGAAGAUCCCGACUCAAGCAUAUCGAUCGAAGAGAAGCAAAGCCGCAUUGAACAGGGCAAAAAGCGAAUCGAAAUUACCUACUGGAACAGCCUAAUAUUUGGCUUUGACAAACAGGAGGCUGGAAGAUGGCUGGAGGAAUUCACGGGCAGGCUUGAGAAAUGUCUCAAGUCUUGCCCAGAAUGUGUCCUCAACUGGCAUAUGAAGCGCAGGCAUCACCUCCAAGUUUUCUCAGAGCGGUGGAACGAAGAAGCUGUUGCGCAGAUCCAGGACAUGCUCGUUAACAUCGACGUCGGCCGAAUCGACCACAACCUCACCUGGGCCAAGCAGUUCAUCGAAAAGAUCGAAAAGUCCGGCGCCGUCUUCAAAAAGUCACAGUUUGGUGAGCACCUUACCGAGGUCCACGUCACCGUUUAUGAGGCUCUGUGUUGUGUGGCCUACCUGGCCAAUGCGGAACAAAGGGCUGUUUUUCAAUAUGUCUUCAUGCGUUUGCAGGGAAAGACGUACCUCAAGCUCGGGACUAAGGAUCCUCUCCCCGGCAUGACCUACUUCCUUUUCGACCAGAAGAACGAGGACCGCCGUAGAUGGGCGGCAGAGAACUGGAAGAACAUUGAUAGCGGUGGCAUGACGGAGGACCAGUUCGACUGGGCUGUCAGCGACGGUCUGGUCAGCGCCAUCGACGACAUCAGCAAGAAGGAUCUUUCCUCAGCCACUAGCGAGAUCUACCUCGAGAUCGAGCGGUUCUGGCAAGGCUUCGAGGCUAUUCUCCGGACCCUCAACGACGACAUCAUCCUCAGCCGUCUGCGCAGCCUCGAGAUUCCUCAAGGCAGCUUUAACAUCUACGAUUUGCUAUUUCGGCAUAUUCAAUUUUGUCGCUCCGAAGGUGUGCUGGUGGUCGCCAUCAGAGUUCUUAGUGGCCUGUUGAAGAAAUCACCAAAGGCCUUUUGGGAUGUCGUCGGUGAUGCUCGGCCAAACGUCAUCGCCGAUCUUCUCUUUGGUAGCCCCGUCUACAAGACUCUCCUGCGCCAGUCCCUCGAGGAAUGCUGGUCUGUUGUCGACCCCAGCUCACAGUUUGCGCCGUUUCCUACCUCGUGGAUCCAGCCUUGGCUUCAGUCUCUCAGCCGCGACCGCAGGUAUGACGCCUGCGAAGUGUUGAUGCAUACGCUCUUUGAGACGCUCGCCAAAGAUGCGAGCAUUGGCGAGCCCGGUCAAGCCGCUUGUGUUCGCGCUGGCUUUGACGCAUUGAACUUUACCAUGAAAUCGUUCCUCGACCCGGAGACGGUCGUCACGUCGGGAAGUACGCAUCUCUACGCCAACGCUGCUUCUAGUCUCGUCGUCAAGCACCUCGGUCUUAUUCUGUCAAGCAUGAAACCAACUGGACGAAACGGCGAAGUUGAAGGUUGGACCACGUUCAAGGUUGCUGAGGCUGCCAACGAAGUCAUGGUGGCUGCAAUGAAGCUUGACAUGAAGCUGCUAUCUGAGGAAUACCAAGCCAUUCAUGCCAAUAAGCAGCUUCAAACCGCCAUCGUUAGGAACUCUAAAGCAUUCUGGGAAGGAGUUCUAGAAAUGUUUGAUACUGCCUCCGACCAAGUUGCUGUUGCGAAGGAUAUUUUUGUGUCGUUGGCGCCUCUUGUAGCCGUGGAACAGAUCAGGCCUCGCAAAGCCGACGACAAGCUCGAAGAGUCCGGCAAGGCUUUCAACAAGGCGCUUGGCGAUACUGCAGACGUGCUGGCUCGGAUCCUUGGGCGCAUAUCAGAGCUCGACGUAAUGGACUUGAACGACUUGUAUGCUGACCGACUCACUUUUCAAGUCACCACGGCCUUGUCCGUCCAUGAGAAUUCAGAUCUUGCAGAGGCUUCGGCAGAGAUUCUGAAGAAUUGGACUGGGGAGCUAUCCCGGAGUGGUGCACUAGAGCAGAUGACGCAGCACCAUCCAGACCAGACGCUUGCGUCUAUCGUUUGGUCUUUGGAACGCGUCCUACGACCGCCAUUUCCUUGGGGGCCGGUCAAACCAUUGUUGAACAUGAGUCGGGAUGUUCUCAGAGGCCUGGCAGAUCCGUCUACGGGAGUCCUUCGAGUCAGAACUUUGGACUCCAAGUCGGCCGCUACUGUCCUGCGCUGGUGGAAUGAGCAGUGGCGCUUUGUCUCCAAGGCCUGUCUCAAUAUCGAGACGUGGUCUUUUUACAUCUCGAAUGUUAUUAUGACUGAAUUCUGCCGAGAGAUCAUGGAACUGGCCGAAGCCCUCAUCGCCGAGGAUGGCCUGCUCACAUCUGCAACAGCGCUUGGUCGGAGCGAGAAAGACAUGAUGAUCAGAAUCCUCGCUCCCGCGAAGGACAAUUUUCGUGGAAUGGAAAAUAUGAUUCGGCUUAAAGAUCGCUGGCUCGUCGAUGUUACGGUUCGCGUUCUGUGCAAGAUUCUCAAACGACUUCAAGAAAACGGCCUCGAGAUCAACGCAGCCUCUCGCAAGCUUAUUACAGAUGCUUGCCUGCCAACCGCCACUCCGGGCAAAUACGUACGAUCUACAAACUUGACCGAUCAGCAGCGUGCGGAGCUUCUACAAGCCCUGGGCCAGACUGAUGAGGAGGUGCAGAUCUAUCAGCAGGGAUUGAGUGCACAGCAACGCCAGGAGCAAGCACUCAAGGACAAGACGAAGAAACAAAGCAAGCUUGAUGCAUGGUCAAAGUCUGCAGUCGCAGCUGGAUCAUCAUCAUCAUCUUCUGCUGCCUCCACCCCGUCUAAGCUUGGUCGCUCCAACCGAGAUGAUGUGUUAGAUUUCAGCAGAUCGGUGGAGAAUCCUCUGCUGAAGCAGAUCGAGGCCCGUCAGGCCAAAGCAAAGGCCGCCAGGCUUCCCGACCAAAAAGCUAUCAUGGCACUGAAAGAGAGCAGGCAGAGAGAAAAGCUGGAAAAAGCGAAACGAGAUGCCGAGGCUAUUGCGCGAGCCAGGCAGCUUCGAGGGGAGUUUGUCCGGGGCGAAGGCUCUGGCAUGCAAGGCCUCGGCCUCACUGGCAAGGAUCAUUCGAGAAGUGAAAUCAUGGUCAACAGCUCUGACGAGGAGUCCGAGGCUGAUAGUGAUGGCUCGGACGCCGACAAUCAGCUUGCUGCCCUUAGCACGGGAGGCCAGAAGUCUUUGACGGAAGCCGAAAAGCGGCGCCAGCAGGCCCUGCGAGACAAGAUACGCCAGCCAGUCAAGAAGGUGAGACAGCAGCGCUCCGUCAAGGAGAUGCGAGCGCGGCUCAUUCCCCCGAUGGACCGGCUUCACAACACUAUCCUUGCUUGGGACAUCUUCCACGCCGGCAACGACCCUCCCAACGGCCCCAAGGCCUCUGAGGUCGCCACUAAGUACGCCGACCCCAAGUCGUACCAGGAGACCUUCUUCCCGUUGCUUGCGUCUGAGGCCUGGCGCUCUUUUGUGACGUCCAAGGAUGAGAUUACGGCCCAGUCGUUUGGCAUGAAGAUAGCCAGCCGCGCGAGCGUCGACAGCUAUCUUGAAGUGACGUUUACAAUGCCCGUAGCCCCUCAUAGGGAUCGCGGUAUCUAUGAGGGCGACAUUCUUCUUGUGUCCGAGGCGGAAAAUCCGCUGGUGGAUGGAUCCGCAAAGCACUGCCUGGCUCGAGUCCAUCGUAUCACUUAUAAAAAAGACACCGUCGAGGUGACGUAUCGCGUAGCUUCUCGUAAUAAUCCUCUCUCGCCCAAUCUGACCCCUGGCGUCACCAUUUACGGUGUGAAAAUCACCAACAUGGCGACUAUAGAGAGAGAGUAUGCCGCCCUGGAGAGUCUGCAGUACUAUGAUCUCAUGGACGAGAUCUUAAAGGCCGAACCAUCGCCCAUUCUGCGCUACGGCGAAGAGCGCGUAACCAGCUACAUGGGAAAUUGGGCUCUGAAUCGAGGUCAGGCCCUCGCCGUACUUGGCGCACAAGAGAACGACGGCUUCACUUUGAUCCAAGGUCCCCCUGGUACAGGAAAGACCAAGACCAUUGUAGCAAUGGUUGGCGCUCUGUUGUCAGAACAGCUUGCACAAGUUUCUGUGGCUGGAGCAGGAGUUCCUCUUGGUACUCCGAUGAAGCCUGCCGGUGCCCCUGCGGGAAACCAAGCUCGGUCAAAGAAGCUCCUUGUCUGUGCGCCGAGUAACGCUGCUGUCGAUGAGCUAGUCCUUCGAUUGAAGGGCGGCGUCAAGACAAUCAAUGGCAAAGAGCGAACUAUCAACGUCCUCCGUCUUGGAAGAAGCGAAGCCAUCAAUGCCGCAGUCAAGGACGUUACCCUGGACGAGAUGGUCAAAGCCCGUCUCGAGGGGGAUACAACCAAGGACAAGGCGAAGGCGGAUAGAGAUAAGCUUCACGAAGAGGCCGCUCAGAUAAAGGAGCAACUGGCACAGCUCAGGCCAAGGCUGGAAGAAUCUCGCAACAACGAUGACCGAUCGUUGCACAACUCCCUCUCAAGGGAGUUUGACGAGCUGAAGCGAAAGCAAAUGCAAAUCGGAAAGCAGAUCGACGCCAACAAGGACAGCGGUAACUCGAUAGCUCGCGAGAUGGAGCUACGUCGCCGACAGAUUCAGCAGGAGAUUCUCAACUCUGCCCACGUCCUGUGCGCGACGCUCAGCGGAAGUGGACACGAAAUGUUCCGCAACCUGGACGUGGAGUUUGAGACGGUCAUCAUUGAUGAGGCAGCCCAGUGCGUGGAGUUGAGCGCUCUGAUUCCGUUGAAGUACGGAUGCUGCAAGUGUAUCCUCGUCGGCGACCCUAAGCAAUUACCUCCUACAGUCCUGUCCCAGUCUGCGGCGCGGUUUGGCUACGACCAGAGUUUGUUUGUGCGGAUGCAGCAAAACCACCCGAAGUCGGUUCACUUGCUGGACAUGCAGUACCGAAUGCAUCCCGAGAUCAGCUCUUUCCCCAGCAGGGAAUUUUACGAGUCUCAACUCAAGGACGGUCAAGACAUGCUGCGGCUUCGCCAAGCACCGUGGCACAAAGAUGCCCUGUUUGCCCCUUACCGAUUCUUCGACGUGGAAGGUGUGCAGGAACGGGGCAGAAAGGGCCAGUCGCUGGUCAAUACAAAGGAGCUGGAGGUGGCGCUGCAGAUGUACGAAAGAUUCAGCAGGGAGUACCGUGACUGCGACCUGACACGGAAGAUUGGCAUCAUUACGCCGUACAAGGCGCAACUUUACGAGCUGCGGUCUCGUUUCCAGGCUCGUUACGGUGAAAACAUCACCAACAUCAUUGAGUUCAACACAACGGACGCUUUCCAGGGACGGGAGUGCGAAAUCAUCAUCUUCUCCUGCGUCCGGGCAAGUUCCACUGGCGGCAUCGGUUUCAUGACGGAUAUUCGCCGUAUGAACGUCGGCCUGACGCGUGCAAAGUCAUCGCUUUGGAUUCUAGGCGACUCGCGAGCUCUUGUCCAGGGAGAGUUUUGGCGCAAGUUGAUUGAGGAUGCGCAAGGUCGAGACCGUUAUACAAAGGGCGAUAUCCUAUCCCUGUUUCGACGCCCACUUGAGAGAGCCAAGCCAGACGCCUAUGUCCCAUCGCCUAUGCCGAAAUCUGACCCUCCGCCUCAACCCUCCCAGCAGGUGGAUAUUGUCAUGAGGGAUGCGCCUCGUAAUGAGGCUACAGAGGCUACAGAUGCACUCGCAAACGCUAAUAGCCCUGUGAACCCGGGUCCAACAGCAUCAACAGCAUCGUCCGGCUUGGAUACCGUCAUGCCGCGGUCGAGCGGGCCUCCGGUUAUUCAUACUUCCGCCGGUACAGAGACGAAAAAGCGACCGUUAGAGUCUCCUGACUCACAUCAGACCGCAACGAAGCGGCUUGCGAAUGACAGCUCGCGGCCGACCAGCGGCCUGAUGGGUAAGUUUGGUCAGAGGCCGAAGCCCAUCAAACCCGCAACCGACCCGUCCGCGAUGUCAUUGCUUGGAAUGGUGCCCCCGGAACGGCCCCCGCCAGUUAUCAACCCUGCUCCUCCGGCAGCUCCAAGACAAGUGCCGCCAAGUGGUCCUGCCGCGGCGACUGGUAAUACUCAGGCGAAUCCCCAAAUACCCCAAGGCCCACGGAAGAAGAAGAAACCAAACCUGUUUCUUCCGAAACGAAGAUGA